GCCCCGAGUAGUGCGCACUCGGCCAGUGCUCGGCCAACCUCCAGCCACGCCGCACGCGUCAACACAAAUGCGGCCGAAAGUUCGUAGACGCGUCAAAUUAAAAUAAAUCUCAAAAAUAGAACGAUAAUUCUAAUCUCCAACGAACACCUUCAAUGGGAUAAUUCAAAUUCGGAACACGAUUAUUUAAAAAAAACUGAUUUCAAUUUAGACAUUUCAGUUUAGUGUGAUACUAGUGUUUAAGUUUGUUUUAGUAGUUCUUUUAAGUGUUCUAGUGACUUUUAGCGUGAAUUUUUAGUUUUUAAGUGUUAUUUGUGAAUAGUAAGUUAUGGAGGAACAGGGGCAAGCAGAGAGCAAGGAGCGGGUGCAGCGGGCACCCUUCGAGACCGCCCUGCACCAUGCCGGCUACGGCUGCUUCCAGUGGCUGCUGCUGCUAUCAUGCGGCGCGGUCUACGCGGUCAGCGCGCUGAGCACCACCACGCUCAGCUUCGUGCUGCCCGCCGCCGAGUGCGACUUCUCGCUGUCGUCCAGCGACAAGGGACGGCUCACUGCCACGCCGCUUAUAGGCAUGUGCGUGGGUUCGUACUUCUGGGGCAACCUGGCGGACGCGCGGGGCCGCAAGAAGGCCAUCAUCGGGGCGCUGCUGCUGGACGCCCUCGCCGCCUUCCUGUCCAGCGUGGUGCAGAGCUUCCCCGCCUUCCUCGCCUGCAGGUUCUUCUCCGGGUUCGGCAUCAUCGGCGCCACCGGGCUGGUGUUCCCGUACUUCGGAGACUUCCUGUCUCUGCGCCAUCGUGAUGUCAUGCUGUGCCGGCUCGAGGUCUUCUGGACGCUUGGGACCAUACUGCUUCCUGGCAUAGCCUACCUCAUCAUCCAGGACGACCGGUUCAACCUGACAGCCGUAGGAGCCACCUUCACCUACACCUCCUGGCGGGUGUUUGUGGCAGCCUGCGGGGUGCCCAGCCUCCUAGUCGUGCUGCUCAUCAUGCCGUUCCCCGAGAGUCCUCGGUACCUGUUGUAUGCCAACCGACCGGAGCAGGCGCUGACUGUGCUGCAGAGGAUCUUCGUGGUUAAUACCAGGCUGCAUGAGAAAGACUUUCCGGUGGAAUCAAUGAUCAGCGCGGACGGCGGGGACGACGAGGAGGUGGUCUCCGCUGACACUAACGGGAACGAGACCAAGGCACCGCUCACGUGGAACCAGCGCUGGCAGAACUUCUGGUCGCGCAAGAAGAUGCUCACCACGCCGCCGUAUAUUGGACUGCUUAUUCUGUGCUGCUUCGUCGAUUUUGGGUUGAUGUUCAGCUACUACACCCUGAUGAUGUGGUUCCCGGACCUGUUCGAGCGGUUCUCUCAGUUCACGUCCAUCAACCCGACCGUGUCCGCCGGGGUCUGCGAGGUCACCGCCAACGUCACGCAGCUUAUUCCGGGCACGGACUGCAGCCAGCAGAAGAUCAACAGCGACGUGUACGUUCACACGCUGCUGGUGGCGCUGUCCUGCGUGCCCACCUCGCUGUGCAUCGGCCUCACCAUCAACAUGGUGGGCAAGAAGCCCAUGCUCGUAAUGAUGCUGAUCAGCUCCGGGCUAGCAGCACUGGGCCUCAACCUGGUGCAGUCUUCCCUCCAGAACCUGGUGCUGUCGUGCGUGUUCGAGGCCAUCGUGAGCUGCACCGAGGCCGUGCUGUUCUGCGUCAUUUGCGAGAUAUUCCCCACUAAAGUUGCUGCGACAGCCAUGGCGGUGACGGUGAUGUGCGGGCGCGUGGGCGCCAUCGUGGGCAACGUGAUCUUCGGCGCGCUCGUGGACCAGCACUGCGUCGUGCCCAUCUACAUGUUCGGCACGCUCUUGAUAUCGAGCGGCCUGCUGUGUAUAAUACUCCCGAAGAGCACGCGGCCGGAGCGGCCGGUGAUAUGAUCAACUGUGGUUUAAUUAUUAUUAUUAUUAUAUUUUUAUAUUAAUAAAUUAAUUAUGUUUCGCUA